UUCUCCUACUAUGGAAUGCGUGCGGUGUUGGUGCUGUACUUCAGAUAUUUCCUGCGUUGGGAUGAUGACCUUGCUACCUCUAUCUAUCAUGCUUUUGUGGCCCUGUGCUACCUGACUCCAAUCCUAGGAGCCAUUGUGGCCGACUCAUGGCUUGGCAAGUUUAAGACCAUUAUCUACUUGUCCAUUGUGUACACCAUCGGUCAGAUAUUUAUGGCAGUCAGUGCUAUUCAUGACAUUACUGAUACAAACAGAGAUGGCAAACCUGACAACAUUGCAGUCCAUGUGGCCUUGGCUAUGAUAGGACUGAUCCUCAUUGCUCUGGGUACAGGAGGCAUCAAGCCCUGCGUGUCUGCAUUUGGGGGAGAUCAGUUUGAGGACCAUCAGGCAAGGCAGAGAAGUACAUUCUUCUCUGUGUUCUACUUGUGUAUUAAUGCUGGCAGUCUACUCUCCACUCUCAUCACCCCAAUACUCCGAGGUCAGGAGUGUGGUAUCCAUAGUGUGCAGAAGUGCUACCCCUUGGCCUUCGGUGUACCUGCAGCCCUCAUGGUAGUUUCUUUGGUUGUGUUUAUUGCUGGCAGCGGUAUGUAUGUUAAAGCUGCACCCAAGGGCAAUAUCAUGCUGGAUGUGUCUAAAUGUAUUGGGUUUGCUAUUAAGAAUCGUUUUAAACAUAGAAGCAGUAAGUACCCAAAGAGAGAGCACUGGCUGGACUGGGCCUCCGAGAAAUACGAUAAACUCCUCAUCGCUCAAAUAAAGAUGGUGCUCAAAGUGCUGUUUCUCUACAUCCCUUUGCCCAUGUUCUGGACUCUUUUUGACCAAAAGGGCUCACGUUGGACCCUUCAAGCCACCACCAUGGACGGGACCCUUGGAACUUUGGUUCUGCAGCCAGAUCAGAUGCAGACCGUGAAUCCCAUUUUUAUCCUCACUCUGGUGCCCAUUAUGGACAGAAUUGUGUAUCCCCUCAUCCAAAAGUGUGGUUUAAACUUCACUCCUUUAAAGAGAAUGACGGUUGGAAUGUUUUUGGCAGCCAUGGCUUUCGUCGCUGCAGCUCUGGUCCAGAUUGAGAUUGAUAAAACUCUACCAGUCUUUCCAUCUUCCUCUCAAAGCCAGCUGAAGAUAGUGAACAUGGGAAGUACCCAGCUCCAAGUCAACAUUGCUCCUAACUAUACUGCUGUGAUUGGAUCCCUGCAGGCAAGUGAAGAUUACGUUACCUUUAACAGUCCUAGGAUUACAGUAUCUUUAAACCAAUCUACAGUGAAUAAUCAAGCCUUCACCUUAACUGAGGGAGAACGACAGACCCUGAUCAUCCCCUCUGACCCAAAUCUCAUGUAUAUUACCAAAGAUUUAACCUCCAAGCCAGAGCAAGGCAAUAAUGCAGUCAGAUUUCUAAAUGGCAUGGGUACAACACUGAAUGUUUCAGAUAUUGCAGAAGUUGAGCCAUCAGCAGUUUCAAACUACACCCUGGUUUCACAGGGGUUGCGGACAUUUACCAUCACUAAUGGUGUGCAGUCAUGUCAGUUCUCCAACCAGUUUGGAUUUGGAGGUGCCUACACCUUCAUUAUCCCCAGCACACUUAGCUGGACAGAAAAGUGUGGUGGCACAGAAAAGGUGGAAGAAAUAAAGCCCAACACAGUAUCCAUGGCCCUGCAGAUCCCUCAGUAUUUCCUCAUCACUGCAGGAGAAGUGGUGUUCUCUGUCACCGGCCUGGAGUUCUCAUAUUCACAGGCACCCUCCAACAUGAAAGCAGUACUGCAGGCUGGCUGGCUCCUCACUGUGGCCGUUGGUAACAUUAUAGUGUUGAUUGUGGCAGAGCUGGCAAAGAUACCUCAAAAGUGGGCAGAGUAUGUGCUGUUUGCCUCUCUGUUAGUGGCAGUGUGUAUAAUCUUUUCUAUAAUGGCUUACCACUACACGUACAUCGACCCUGCUGAGAUCGAAGCUCAGUUCCUGCAAAAUGCCGAGCUGGAACCAGACGACAAAGACGAGAAGAGUAAACCUAUAAAUAUGGAAACCAAAAAAUCUGUGGAGAACGAAAAGGAUUCAAUCAAAAUGACUAAGAUCUAAACAUCAGGUUGUAAUUGAUGUACUGACUAAUAUCUAAGCACAGGAUUAUCA